UUCUGCAACGGAAUAUUGGUAAACUACUAUUUGUAUGAGAUUCUGUCCAGGAAAUGACCCCAGGGUGACCACAUCAUCCCUGUCUAUGAAAUCAUGCUACAGUGGUCACUGAAAUAUCCCCGUGUAUUACAACAUCUCUCACUGACCAAAAAAGUAUUCUUAAGAAUGUUGCCAGUGCAACCGUGAUAUCGGAAGCCCUUCAUAGGCGCGAUUACAUUGAUAGGUACAUGGAAUUAAAGUAUCACUGUUGUGAAAUCAUGGUUCACUUAUCGUAGUUUCCUACCAAAAAGCUAUAAAAUUAUUAAUGGCGAUGCUUCAAAAUUGUCUUACGGAUCCUGGAAAUUCGUUGACUUACACAAUAAUAAAAAAAUGUGUGAGGUUGACAAAAAGUCUUUAGAAUUUUAUACCGUAACUCAUUAGGUACCUAUUAAUUGAACUUUUUGAAAUGGUCUUCUAUGAGUAAACAGCUCCGGUUAAAACCGAAAAGCUAUGUUUUUUUAGCGGGUGCAGUAAAAAUACAGCCUGAAAGUCCAGCUUUUCCACACCAAAGCCAGCAUGACUUGAUUAUGUAUCUUUUAACGCCUUCAGCAUCGAUGUAACUUCCUUUAAAAUGAUUUUGGUUAGGAUCAGUUGUUCUACCAAAUAGAGGCUUUUAUGCAAUUAUGUGCGGGCACGGUUUCGUCGAAUGUAGCGGCGCCGGAAAAAAGUAAAGUAUGCAGUCUUCUCAUAUCGAAGAGGCAAGACUGGGCAUAGGCCUAAGUAUUUUGCAACUGCUUAAUGCGUUUGAUAUUUAAGAGUGAUACUUAUGUGAGCAUUAUGAGCAUUCUCUAUCGGAGUAAUGAUUCACGAAAUUCGUGUAUCUCAACCAGUUUACUUUUACAACCAGUAACAUAAUUUUUAAUAUAACAAACUAACAUGCUAAAAUUAUGGAUAAUCCAAUUUUUAUUUUCAGCUUUCCAAUUUAUCUCAGGUAUAUAAUAAGCACAUUACUUUCUUCCUUUUUAACUUGUUGAUCAACUGAUAUUCAUGUUGCAGUUCAAUUCAGCUUAAUGUUUGUUUAAAAAAGACAAGUGCUCCAUAUCAGCAUCGUUAUGGAAGCGCACAGUUAAACAGAAAAAAUGUGUAAGAUUUUUCCAAUAAACGCAAUGUGCCAGCAUGAUACAUUAUUUAUUUAGUAAGCCUUGAUAAUUAUUAAGUUGAAUCAUUGAAUUUUAAUUUUCCUUCAGUUUACCUUAAGUGGGCCUUGAUUGCUAAGUCUUUACUUUAGCACUAUCCAUUAAUAUAUCCGGCUAAAACUUGCAGUUGCCCUUUCCUAAUAACACUUGACAUCUUCAAUUCCGAAACAGCUGUCCAAACUUUGCUUUUUUCGUGCAGCCUAAAUUUUUCGGAAAUUUCCUAUAGAUGGGGCAUAUAAGCAAACGCAAUCGCUUUUGUUGGUAUAUUAUCCAAAUAUGAACGAUUCACCGGAAAUUCGUCCUAGCUUUUUUUUUUUGACUACCUACUUACUCAAUGGCUUGACACGUAUAGGACCAAUGCCAAUUCUUCGUUAAACGGUAAUCAACAGAGGAUUAGCCUUAACAGACAAAUUCACCGUAAAAACCGGACUGUCUUGAGAGCUUGUAAGCACCAGGGGAGUGGAGUUCGAACAUAAAAAAGGUACUGUUCUUUGUUCACACACAUUUUGUAGAAUGUGUCGUUAAGACAACGAAUCCUGAUAUCUUUUAGUUAUAAGGUACGCGUUAGGCAGCACGUAAAUUGAACAAUCAAAUGACUUUGCUGAAAUACCUAUUUGUACCGAAGCACAAUGUAACGAAUGCAAAUGUAAACUAUUUGUAUCUAAUGGACAGGUAUCAAGGUAGGUGUCAUUGUGCAGUUAGGAUAUGAAAUGUAUCCGGGAAAAAUAAACGAAGUCAAGUGACUUAAAUUAUUCUUUCGAAUCAAUCCACCUAAUGGCUCUUUUCCAUCUAAUUGGCAGGAGAGAAAAAAACCUAGCAAUUUUAAAGUCCCCAAUUACACUCGAAGGUACUAGAUUUUCUUUUUUUCAAUCAAGUUUUCCUCCAUAGAGUUUGUUUAAUUCAGUAGUUGUAAACGUUGGAUAUUUAAUACUCGUAAUACCACUUCGACAAACAUUACUUUCUAAUGACUCAUGGAGGUUUCAUUGAAUCAAUUCAGUGAAUUUUAAAACACUUUUGGUUUAACAAGCAUGGUUCGAAGUGCACCAAGGAUAAGGGUUUGGCUAACCUUACGAGAAUAGAUGAUCACCAGCUGAACCUUAAAAAGCAUAGGGCAACAACUAUAUAAAAUGUUUAUUUUUAACUGACGAUUCGACAAAACGCCGCUGAGUUGAUUCCCACUUACACAUCUUUUUAACUCAUUGUCAUGUACAUGAUUAAACGAUAAGUGCUGUAGUGGAAUAUGUUCUUUAAACAUGUAAGUCAUAACCACAGUUAUUCACCUGUUGUCAUAUCUCAAGGCAAGCACGUUUUUCGCGUUCGAUAUGGUGCUGCAUUGAUUUGUCUGUGCCGUUUUAAUCUUAGACGCAGUCUCGGGUAAAUCCUUUGUGAUAUUUGCCGGUAUUUGCUCUUGUUAUGCAACGUCACGACAUUGGCGGUAGCCCUUCGUUAGCAGUUUUUCCUUAAGAGGCAUAACAGCAGCAGAGGACCAGUGUGACUGAGUAUCGCUAUGAAGCUGCGCCAGGAGGCUAUUGGCAACCUGCAACGUCCUGCAGAUGGUGCGCGUCUCGAGCCAAAAUACCGGGCCAGCUCUUGAAAUAGCUGUCCGCUGUCGAGAUCCCCACAUGGUCCAGGAACUGCUCGGACAUCCUAAAAUCGAAACCGAACUCGUGUAUAAGGCUGUACUCGUGGCCAUCGAGGAAAACAUGAUCGAUGAGGUCAGCACGCUACUUGACAGUCCGGCGGCCCUGCGAGCGGCAGCCGAACGACCUUCAGAAUACCCUAAUAUUCUCGUCGAUAACAUGUGUCCGAUUGUUCAAGCCGCCUUACUAGACAGACUGGACAUAACCAAGUUGCUUCUCGACAAGGGUCACCACAUAGAAAAACCGCAUCCACGACAAUGUAAGUGCGAGUUACGGUGUGCAAAUGCAGAUUAUCAUGAAGAGCUGUCCGAAUCCCAAGUCGAGCUUAACUCGUUACGAGGACUCGCGUCUCCUACUUAUCUGGUUCUCACGUCACCGGACCCAAUAUUGACAGCCUUUUACAUGUCGCGUGACCUGAAGACCGAAGCAAUAGAGCGGCCAGAGUUCCGCGAGGAAUUGUUACAACUUUCUCAGCAAUGUGAACAUUUCGCAGCUGAACUGCUCGAUCAGUGCCAAACAUCCGAGGAGGUACAAACAGUUCUAUCACAAACUCAAGGUUUUCCGGAUUCAAGGCCAUUUCGUUUCCCUCGGCUCUAUCUUGCCAUUUUAUUGCAACAGAAACAGUUUGUGGCCAGGCCAAACUGCCAACAAGUUCUGCACACAUUGUGGAUGUCCGGUAUACCACAAUGGUAUUCCUGGUCAUUCUAUAGACGCUUUUUCCACAUCUUCACGCAGGUGCUUUUUACCCCCCUUCUCUGUCUCACUUUUCUCAUCUAUCCUCGAGCUAAGCUUCUGCACGUAUUCCGUGUACCCAUGAAUAAGUUUAUCCACCAUUUGACACUGUAUCUGAUCUUUCUAUCGCUAAUUCUCAUCACGCUAUUCUAUGGUCGUCGAGACCAAUUUCGGUUUCGCGCGCUCUGGAGUGAAGUUCUCGUAGGCAUAUUUGUCGUCGGCUACGUGUGGGAACUAAUGCUCAGCAUGUACACGUUGGGCUUUCGAAUAUUCAUGCGCUCUCUAUGGUCGGUUUACCAGCUGGUGAUGUUCUUUCUCUUUCUGGUUGCGGAAAUUCUUUACCUUGUUGUGUUUGCAACCUCCCGAACGAUUCGCGACAACCUUCAACGUGAGCUUUGGCCAUGGUAUCACCCGUACCUCAUUGGUGAGGCAUUGUACGCAAUUGCCACAGUGAUGGCAUUUUGUCGAUUGCUUCAACUGUGUCAGUUAAGCAAAAUUAUCGGGCCACUGAGUAUUUCGUUGAAUCGGAUGACUGGAGACAUCUUCCGUUUUAUGAUCAUCCUGCUUAUCGUCUUCGUAGCUUUUUGCGCCGGGCUGAAUUCAGUCUACAAGAACUACAACGGCAACGUACUUCGCAUUCGGGGUAUUCGAAAUGUGACACAACCAGCGGCAUUCGUCAGCGUCGGUCAUACUUUGAAGUCCCUGUUUUGGGGAAUAUACGCGAUGGGUUCUCCGACAGACGCAGACCUAGUGGUUUCUCAAAACAUCGGGAGUGCCGACCGUAUCCUCAAGCACUACUUCACUGAAGCAGUCGGUUACGGACUUUGGGCACUGUUUCACAUUCUGACAGUAAUCGUAUUACUCAACAUGCUUAUUGCCAUGAUGUCUGAUAGCUUCCAGCGUAUUCAGGAAAAUGCGUAUCAGGAGUGGAUGUUUGCUAGGGCAUCUCAAUGGAUCCAGUACUUUGAUAAUCAUACGGCUAUUCCAGCACCUUUCAAUCUUUUGCCAUCGGCCUACUGUAUCAAUCAGGCAUACAAAAUUGGGAUGUCACUCUGGGAAAAGGAAUGGCGACGAGCACGUGAACAGUGCUCUCCUGAGUGGGCUUGUUUUCCUGAUUUUGAGCAGGCUAGAGAGCUUCAAAAGCGGUACCAACAUAAUUAUCAAAGUCUUAUCAUCGUUCUUAUUCGACGUUAUCUCCAGUUACGUGAGCUCGAAGAACGGGAUCACGCAUUAUCAAGAGUUCUGUCAUCAUUUCUUUCGACGCAGGAUUAUUCGUCCACCACACCCGGCCCACCUGGGGGCACGGGCAACAAUUACAAUUCGAAUUACAAUCGACGUGAUUCAUUUGGAGCUGGUCAACAGGUUAAACUGAGGCACCCUUCCAAACUGGCUUUUUUAGGGGCGGCAUUCGCACACUAACAUGAAUCACAUAUGUGCGACUUUGUCAGUCAUAAGUACUAUGUACUAACAUUCUGUGUGGAUACGUUGGUAGAAAGUUCGAAUAAACGAGUUUUAGUGAGUUAGACGUAUCACCCAUAUUAAAGCAGAAAACUGUGACUGUGACCAACCAUGACAGUAAACUGAAACGUUUGGUCUAUUUAGCUACGUCCGGUACAACUAUUGAUAAACAGUGCCUCAGACAACCAACCAUUUCAGUACAAAGUGAAAAAUAUCCGACUCUAUACACCUGACACUAACUUUGAACCAUUUCACGUUCUUACUGCACUGCUAGGACAACUAGCUAAUAAAGCAAGACUCCCGACUGAGGAACAUAAUGAAUCCAAGUAUGAGACAAAACAAGCUGGCCUAUAUGCUCUUCGUCGGAAUUACAACCCAUAAAAGUUAUCUAAAAAAAUCCUACAGAACAGGAGAUUUUUUGGCAACCUUGCCAAAUAUGAUAAUCGAGUGUUACCGCCUCUAGACACAAAUGAAAUGCACAUAUCUUACACGCAAGUCGUUUUAUAUUGUAAAUAAGCGCCAUAAUUAUUAGGUAAUAAUAGUUAAUCCACAGGCAAUACUUAUUUUCUUUAUAUUAUUGCUCCGAAGAUUGAUUAUCAGUGGACGAUAUUUUUUUCGGUGCAAACAUUUAACUGCAAUAAAAUUUACGACUAUAGUAAUAUUAUCAAGAUCACGGACAUCGUUAGCAAACUCGUUUAUUUAUACCUUCCUUACCUCAUGACAUCUAUAAAAAUAGGAACUGAAAAGAGCUGAACUUCAGCGGCGAAAAAUUACAGCAAGAUAAUUUUAAGCUAGAUAGUAACGAUACAGAUUUUCUCUUAUUUUUUAGUUAUAAAUAUGCAAGAGAACAUUGCCAGACGACUGUAUUAAUAAUAUUCAUUCUAAUUUUAAAUCGGUAGAUGUAGUUUAUGCUAACUCUGGAAUAAAAUUUGGAAGCAAGUCACAGAAGAUUUAUAUGAAAACAGUCGAUACAAACAGGUUAGGAGAGCUCGUGGAUACCGGAAGAUAACUCAAUCUCAGGUUUUGCACAUGAAAAAUGGCUACUAAAUAUCACAUCAAAAAACGUAAUCUUGAAAUCAAUGCCGUCUUCGCUUUAGAUAUUAUUUAGCUGUAGGAAUUCGUCAGGUUUAAACUGAAUAACUGUUGGACUACGCCCUGCUAGCAGACGGAUAUUUGGCUAGUACCUGCACUGAGAAUAUUUGCUGCUACGAGAUACUAAAAUAAAAAACAAUCCAAUAUCUACUUGUUUAAAAAACUCA